UUGCUAGGGUUGCAGAUUUUGCAGAUGCUUACAAGUGUCCUGCAAGCUUCAGAGCUACAUCUCCACGAGUAGAUGACUCAUUCUCAUCAUCUGUGCUAAUUCCACCACGUGUCACCGACCCAAUUACCUCUCCCCCAUCUUCCUUUCUCUGUUUUCUACCCUCUUUCACAAUAUUAUAAGUCACCCAAUCACACAAUCAACCCUCGCCACCAUCUUCACAACGCCAAACAGAUUUCCCCUUCUCUCGCCUGCAUAAUUGUUUCUAUUCUUUAGAAUUAAAGGUUGAAGGGGUACUAUACCCAUAAUUUACCAUGUUGGAUCCUCUUGAAUUUGAUGCUUUCCUUCCUAUACUCACCGGUUGCAGAUUUUGCACAUACUUACAGGUGUCAAGCAGACUUGAAAGCUAAAUCUCCAGAAGUUCAUGACUCAUUCUCAGCAUUUGUGUUACUUCCUCCGCCACGUGUCACCGACCCAGUUACCCUUCUCCAUCUUCUUUUCUCUGUUUUGUUUUCAGCUCUCCCUCAUAGUAUUAUAAGUCACACAGUUGCACAAAUUCAUCAUCUUCACUCAGAAAAAAAUGGCAAACAGAUUUCUACUACUCUCUCUCCAAUUCACCAAACAAUUCUCCAAACCAUCCAUUCAUGUUUUCCUUCAAUCGCCUUGAUCACCACCAGCUCAAUGUGCUUCUCAACUGCUUAUCCACGCCCUCAAGGUCAUGAUGAUGAGGGUAGUGGAAUGUCAGGGUACGUGGCUGAUGCAGCAAAACAAGGGACAAGGAAAGCAACUGAGGUUGUGGAGAGUGUCGGUGGAACAGCCAAGGAGACAGUGGAUAUUGCAUGGGACGCUACAAAGAAAGCUACCCAGAACAUCAAAGAGACAACUACGGCAGAAGCUGAUACCAACGUUGUUGACACAGCAGAGUACAGAUGUGCUGAGGAUUUGACGGGCCAGCUUGGAGAUGGAUGUGAUAAGACAGAACUAUAGCUAGUGGCAAGUUUUGUACGAAUAUUAGGUUCAAUUUUGUGCUUUGUUUCCUUUUUCUAACAAGCUGUGACGUUCACUUACUUUGAACUAGUUGUAAAGCGAAAACAUUGUAGAAAAGGAGCUUGAUAUUUUGAACCAG